UUUGUGCUGCCCUCAAACCUGAGAAAAUGCUGCGUUCUUUAUAUGAGAAUGAAACAGAUAAAAGGCUACCCUGUCACAAAUCAGCUGUUUGGUACUUUGUGUGUUUAUUAUUUUUUGGAAUUGAUCGGUGCAAAUAAUAUUUAUACUAAAACAUAAAAGGAAAUAGUAUUUAUAAUGGAGGAGGAAACAAAUGAGAGCCUGUGCAUUAAGCGCAUAAUUAGUAAGUAUAAAUAGCACACAAUUUCUUCGCAUUGCAAAUAAUAAAAAUAAAUGUGUUGUGAUUGCAGUGUGGACAGAAGGUGAAACGCGACUUCUGCUCGAUAAGUACAGGAGCUACCUGCCUGAAAUUGGUCCGAUGAAAGCCAUGCGUAACAAAAAAGAAAUGUGGGUGAGGAUAUCUACAGAGAUUGAAGGAAGAACGGCAAAGCAAUGCGAGGAUAGGUAUAAAACUUUGAUAAAAAGGAAGAAAACAGCGGUAGAAAACAACCAUACGUCUGGAGCUAAGAGGCAGAGAAUCGAGUUCGCCCAAGAGCUCGAAACCAUAGCCGCAAUUGAUGAC